GUCUGGGAACGUAGGUGAAGAAAGCACUCCGCAUCCUUCUGUGUUAAACAAAAAUUGAAGGCGUAAGGGUGAGAAAAAUACAAUAAGAAAAUCAAAUGGUGGCGAAAGACGUCUCCGGGACCUCUCGUGCCGGAGACAUAUUCUCGCGACUAUUGUCACCCAAAGGAAUAGCCGGGGGCCUCUCGCUGCUCUUGUGCGUUACCACGACUCAGUAUUUCUUUUAAGAGCUACAACAAACUUGUACCAAAGGAUUACCACCCAGUAGGUACUCCGACACACCACAACAGCUUAGUAGUUGCAGUUACAGUACCGGUCGUUUUUCCAGCUCCGGAAAAAAGGCAAGAAUCCGUGUUCUUAAGGGUGUACUUGUGAUGUUGGCACCUCUAAUCUUCCGCGCCUCCUCAACUGAACCGUGAGCAAGUCCAGAAAGACUUUCUGGCGUUCGAGGACCUGCGCCCGAAGUAUUAUCACAAUUUCUACGGCGCCCCAGAUGCAGAAUUUGAUUGGUGUGAGUCCAAUUACGUCUCGCUUUUCCUGCUGCCGUAUUACAUCAACGUUCCGAGCCUGCUUUCGUCGUUCGAAAUUGCAGUACUAGGACGUAGUGGAGUUGGCGGAGAAACGAAAAGACACGAACCAGUCGUGGAAUUUCUGGAAAUUCCGGUAGCAGAAUUCUGGAACACCUUGUCCAGUUUCUUGUACAUUCUACCGGUGCUAACAGUGUGGUGGUAUCGGCCUGCACCUAAUUACAUUUACUCGGCGGUGGCUAAACGAGGACUCCUAUUUUUGACCUCGAUCUUCAUUGGGACCACGCUUUUCCACGCAACGCUGCGGUACUGGGCGCAUCUCAUCGAUGAACUGCCGAUCUACUACAUCAUGGUAAACGCAAAUGUGGGUGUGUGGGCAACCAGACGUCGCAUGUCGGAAAAGGUGAUAUGGAAAACGAAAAUCACUGUGUGGAAAUAGAAGAAGUUUGCAAGAAGUUGAUAUACAGUUGGGGCUUUUUCGAGGUGUUAGCUAUUCGCAGCGUCAUCAGUAAUUAGUCAAUGCUGGCUGUGAGCCGUAAUAAAGAGCCCAUCUGUACAAAAAACUGGAAGAAGAUACAACUUAUCUUGCUUCUAAGUCCUGAGCGAUAAUUCAUUGAGAGUAUGGAUUCACACGAAUAGGUUUUUUCAUUACGUUAUUUUGCUUCUAAUUAGUGCGACUUCCCGAUGCUACAGUACGUCAGUAGUCAAAAUUCUUGCGGGAAUCCUUGCAGGCUUGCUGAGCAUCGGCAUUUUAGCCACUGUCGGGAAGGAGUAUGCAACCACGCAUCAGGCGCUUCGCGGCAUCUUGAGUACGUCGUUCUCAGCUAUGUUUGUCCAUCUGUUCUACGUGAAGGCCAGAUUACUGGAGGAGCUCACCGAGGCCACUGGUGCUCAUCGGAAAAACACGACUCCUGUUUCAGUAGACGAAGGCAAACCAAGUGGAGAACAAGUGAAGACAAGUAGAGUAACAGGAAGUACUAGUGGUAAAAAGAACAGCAAAAGCGUUGGACGUGGCAAGCGAAAGGAUUCUAGCAGAGGAAGGACACCCACAUCAACGCAGAGGGUAACCAUGAGACAUCAGCGAGCAGAGAAGUCGCGAGGUCGCAGUGGAGAAGAAGUCCCUUCAGGGGGGUCUACUGCUCUUGUUCCAUCAACAGCAGAGAAUCUGGCCAAGCCUGAAGAUGAAGCAGGUCCUCGCACUUCUAUUACAGACGAGAGGAGAAGAAGUCUUAGAGACGGCUCGGAAAAAGAUCAUCUCCGGCAAAGCGUCGCUGAGGCCAGAAGUUUGUUUCAUCUUGCUUUUCUCGAGUUUCUUAUCGGAAUUGUAUGCUGGAUUGUGGACAACGGUUUCUGCACUUUCUUGAGAACACGACUACCAUUCUAUCCGCAAACUCACGCUUGGUGGCAUUUUUUCACCACUCUGGGACUUUAUCUUACGGCUCACCCUAAUGAAUCCAUCGCCAGAAGUAUCUUUCUUAGGACUGUUCCAUAAGGGGAAAACGGCCUAAAGAUGAAUCCUGGGAUGGAUUAGGGUGAGCUCUAAUUAUCACAUGCUCGUCAUGACUGAGAUGGUUGAAAAAGUUUCCGCUACCGUCGUUGUCCUCACUACAGCCUCGUCUACUAGCGGUAGACCAUUAACAUCAGCAAAGUCGCUCAAUGCAACUACAGACUCAUCUAGUAGACCACCAACAAGAUCAAAAUCAACAUCAUCAAGACCAGAAAAGAACGCCAUUAUUGUACCUGUUGUAGCUGUACCAGGCAUAAAAACAGUAUGGGGUGGAUUCGUCCAUGUUUUAGAUGUGUCAACAUUACACACGGAGAUGAAAAGCUCUGAACAAGAUCUUGCUCACAUGGUUCUUCGUGAGAACAACCUGGCAUCAAGCACGGACAUCGCCUACGGGUUUCUUGGAUGAAGAAAGUUCUAUUCUUCGGCUGCAACUCUGAUGGUAAUGCAGUAGCUGCUGUUCCUGGUAGUUAUCUGCUCAACUCUGUCACUGUCACCUCGAGUCCGAAUGAAAUAGCAUUUAUUUGUGAAGGAGGAACAACAAGUACAAGAAGAUGCAUUGAUUUAUAUUUGUUUCUGGUACAACACAACUUUGCUCUGAAGAUAUGAAUGUGAAG